GGUGUGGGUGCGGAGCCGCACGUGUCUGGUUUCUCCUCCGGGAGGGGCGGGGACAGUUGGGGGGGUGGUGCGGAGGAGGAGCAGCUGGUCUUGGUUCAGUCUGUCGCAACGUUUUCUUCUCUUUGUUUCACAUGAAAAGUUCUGAUGAGCAAACUGUGACCGCAGCAAACCAGAUUAAAACCGCAUUAAAGACGCAGGACCAGCAAAACCCGUACCCAGAGCGGAACCCGGAGCGGAUCAGAGGAGACUGAACUCUGCUUCAGGUCUGGUUUCUGGGAGUUCGGAUCAAAGUACGGAUCAUGGGUCAGGAGGACUGACGGACUUUGUGGAAACUUAUUUCGUCUCCAUGGAGACAACAGUUUUUCCCGCCAGCUGAGGAGUUGAUCUCACUCUGAUCAAAUACUGAUAUCCCGUAUUGAUAGCAUAUUGAUCGUGUAUUGAUCAGCGGGAUGGCCGCGCUCCGCCUGAUGUUGCUCGCGCUCUGGACCUGUGGACACGCCAAGAGCACGUUCCCGCUGCAGCCGUCCUACAGCCUUUACGCCGGCGGGCACGCACACGGAGCCCGCGCCACCAGCAGACACAGGAACUGGUGUGCAUUUGUGGUGACAAAGACUGUGAGUUGUGUAGUCGAGGACGGAGUUGAAACCUACGUGAAGCCUGAUUAUCAUCCCUGCAGCUGGGGGAAUGGACAGUGCAGCAGGGUGGUGGUAUAUCGGACCUACAUGAGGCCGAGGUACAAAGUUGCCUACAAAAUGGUGACAGAAAUGGAGUGGAAGUGUUGCCAUGGUUACAGUGGAGAGGACUGCACCAAUGGUCCAGCUGGUGGAGCAGGACCACAGAUCUCCACCACCAGACCUCAACCCAGACCAGGACAGGGAGGGGGAACGAGCUAUGGACCAGGAGGAGGUGUUUAUGGUCAGGGAGGCGGCAGUUCUGGAUCUGGCAGACAAGUUGACAGCGAGAAGAUGAGGCAGCUGGAGGAGAAGAUCCAGACCCUGACCAAGAACCUCCAGGACCUGCAGUCCACCCUGAACACCAUGAACGAACGCUUCCAGCAAGAGGUCAACAAUUCUGGCUUCAGCGGAGGAGGAAGAGGUCACUCAUCAGGAGGAAGAAACCCUGCUGAUGCAGCACAGCCAGAGAUUAAAGAGACGAUUCAUAGCAUUCAGACCAAACUGGACCAACUGGACAACCGCACACAGGCUCAUGAUAAAACCCUGGUCAGCAUCAACAACCACCUGGUGAAUGGGAAAGGUAACGAGCUGCAUGGUCUGCCUGGAGGAGGGGUGAGUGGAGGAAGGCUGAACUCGCUGAAGGAGGAGAUCUUGAGGGAGUUGGAGAGGAGAGUGUCGCUGUCCUGCUCCUCUUGUCAGGCUGGUGUGGAGGAUCUGCGCCGACAGCAGCAGGAAGACAGAGAGAGGAUUCGAGCUCUGGAGAAGCAGCUGAAUGCCAUGGAUGUCCGCUAUCGGCAGGGCCUGGACGGGCUGCACCAGGAUGUAGUGCGUUUACAUGGAUGCUGCAACACCGUCAGUGACCUCCAAAAUCGCAUCACUGAUGCUGAACGCAAGAUCAGCUCGGCCUCAGAGAACUUUGAUGUUCUGCGGGACCGUCUGGACAAGGAGCUCAGUGGAGGAGGUGGUAGCAGCAGCAACAGUGGCUCCAGAGGAGGAGGUUUUGGUGGCAGCAGUGGAAUCAGCAGAGGUGGAGGUAGUGCUGCGGUGACCAAGGAUAUGUUGGACAAUCAGCUGAGGGACCUGGAGUGGCGUGUCAACAACACUGUGCAGCGAACCAAGCAGAGCUGCUCAUACCUGGAAAACGACCUGAAAGACUACUUCCAUAAGGAGCUGGGGGACCUGAAAACUGUGUUCCUGGACCGGUUUGAUGACCAGGCCUUCAGGAUUGCAGAUGUGGAGCUGGAUGUGGGGCUGGUGAAGGACAGGGUGGGCGACCAUGACAUGAGGCUGUUGAAGCUGGAAAACAUCACCUCUCUAAUGAACAGGAGGCUGGAGAAGUGCAGCUAUGGAGGGUCUGAAGGAGGAGGUAACAGAGGAGAUGGAGGAGGGUGGGGAGCAGGAGGAGGAGUAAUUACAGGAGGAGGGAGCAGGGGAGGUACAGGGGGAGGAUUAUCUGGAACGGGAGGAGAGAGAAAAAAUACAACAGAGAAAUCUCUGGAGUGGAGAGUGGUGGCCAACGAGGAUCAGAUUCGACAUUUUAACACCAGACUUAAAGACCUGUCAGUGUCGGGAGACUCUCUUUACAACAAGGUUUUGGACCUGAGCCAUGACGUCCAUAAGAUCAAAGCUCUGACUGGUGACCAUGGUGAACACUUUAACCGAAUCGUGACGGAGGUGGAGCUGCUGGGGCAGGACUGCGAGCUGUGCAGGAAGGUGGAGGAUGAGCUGCGGAGGCUGAAGAAUCAUUCCCUGGAUGCACUGGGGCACAUGCAGAGCCAUAUCAACAGACUCCAGAUCAGAAUUGACUCAGAGAGAGACGGCUGCUCCCAGAUCUGUUCACACCUGCAGGAUGAAGUCCACCUGCUGCGAGACGACACCAGGAGGUGCACCGGCCAAUGCAAGACCAGCCCAGACACAGCAACGGGUGGUGGUUCUGGUAGCACUGAGGGUGGUGGUGGUACCAGUGGACAUGGAAAUGGGUUGGAUGCUGAGAAGCCUUUAGAUGGCCACAGUGUGAUUGGAGGCUCCAUAAACAACAACCAGCUGAAGACGCUGCAGGGCGAACUAUCCGAAGUCAUCCUUACCUUCAGCUCCAUCAAUGACACCCUGAAGGGGCUCGAACACACGGUGCAGAAACAUGGCAGCACUAUCACCGAUCUUGGAAAUACCAAGGAUAAGAUCAUCUCUGAGCUGGAUAAAAUCCAACAGGAGGUGACGGAGCAUGUUGAGGAGAGCCGGGAUCGUCUGGAUGGGAUGGACCGUGACGCCCGACGGUUUGAGAGCACGCUGCUGGUGGAGAUGGGAGACUGUAAGAGAUCUGGAGAUGGGCUAGAGAAGAGGCUUUCCAAGCUGGAAGGGGUCUGUGGGAGACUGGAUGGGGUAUCUGACUCCAUCCACAAAAUCAAGGAAGGACUGAGUCGACAUGUGUCAAGUUUGUGGACCUGUGUGUCUGGUCUGAAUGAUUCAGUUGUCCAACAUGGAGGAAUCCUGGACUUUAUUCAGAAGAACCAGGAUGACGUCCACAGCAGGAUGAAGAACCUGAAUUCAAGUGUGAACCAGGUCCUCAAAGAGCUUCAGAGUAUCUCUGAACACGACCUGACCGGCCUGCCUGGACCCCCAGGACCUCCAGGAGAAAGAGGCGUCAAUGGGCUGCCAGGUCCCCGGGGGCCACCUGGACCACCUGGACGUCAAGGAGAGAGUGGAACACGAGGUCUGCCUGGUCCCAAAGGUGAACGAGGUCUGCCUGGUGCUGAUGCUCAUGUACCUAGACUGUCGUUCUCAGCUGCCCUCACUGUUCCCAUGGACCGAGCUGGAACCAUCAUCUUUGACAAGAUCUUUGUCAAUGAAGGAGAUUUCUAUGACUCAAGAACAGGUAUUUUCACCGCCCCUGUGGAUGGCCAUUACUUCUUCAGUGCUAUCCUGACGGGGCAUAAGAAUGAGAAGAUUGAAGCGGUUCUGUCAAAGUCUAACUACGGCAUGGCCCGGGUGGACUCCGGAGGCUACCAGCCCGAAGGCCUGGAGAACAACCCUGUAGCUGAGGCUAAAACCACUCCGGGCUCUCUGGCUGUAUUCAACAUCAUCCUUCCUCUGCAGACUCGGGACACAGUCUGCAUUGACCUGGUGAUGGGCAAACUGGCUCACUCUGCGGAGCCUUACACCAUCUUCAACGGCAUGCUGCUGUAUGAAGACAUGUGAUGAGUUUGUCCUGACAUCUGAAAAACAACGACACAGAACCUGAACGACACCCACAGGAGGUGUGAUGUGCCCUCCUCACUCAAAGUGACCAGAAGUGAUGACAGAAUUUUUUUAUGAGUCCUGAGCAGAUUCUGUUGGACUGCUUUUAUCUUCUUGUUCUAUAGAAUCUGACUCUUCACAUGUGAACGACAGCAGGAGUCGAUUAAUUGUUUGACUGCUUUAAUCCAGUUAGCUAAUUUGAUGCGGUCACAUGACCUGGCCUCAGAGCAGCACUGUGAGGACACUGGCCUCAGAGCAGCACUGUGAGGACAUGUCCCUGUAAACCAGGAUCAGCUGGUGCCUGGUGGACCUUGUUCCUACUGCUGCUUGAAACUUCUAAACAACCAUUUGGAGACACAUGACCUCCUGUAACGAACAACUGAUUCUGGGGCUACAACUGUAAAAUUUGUCCUGCGGGUGUCAUCACAGGAAACAUCAUGGCAUCAUUAACUUCUAAAAAGUUUCAUGCUCCAAAGAGCAGGAUCAAGAUCAGAUUUAUUGAUCUGAUUGGUAGAUAUUUAGCCAUCUGUCCUUACUGAUGAUCUGAUUGAUAGGUAUUUAGAUCUGUCUGUUGAUCAUCUGAUUCAUAGAUAUUUAGAUAUCUGACCUUAUUGAUGAUGUGACUGGUCGAUGACGAUUGUGGACCAAAGAGUUUUACAGACAGAUGGAUGCUCAUUGGUAUCCUUAAGCCCUGCCCUCAGCAGGUCAGAUGUUGUCAUGGCAACAUGUGACAAUGUAACUUUAAAUAUGAUGAAAAACAAGGAAAGCUUUUUGUUUCAUAAAAGCAGAAUAUGUUUUCCUGUGGAUUUUAUAACAGUUCACCCUGUGAAUGUUUUUAUAUUGAGCUGCACUUUUUCUUGUUUUAUUUUAUGUUUUUAUGUCCUGCCGAAUAUUUAAGCCAUUUUCACAAAGUUUCACUUUUUUAGACAAAUGUUAAAGGACAAGGCUGGAAACACUGAACAUUUUCUUACUGUCAACAAAUCACAUUAACAGACAGAAGGUGGAAGAGAUAUUCAGAUUACUUUAAAGGUAGUAAUACCACACUGUAAAAAUACUGGGCUACAAAUAAAAGUCUUGCACUCUGAAUGUUAAGAUUUAUCAUCUAAAUUUUGUUAUGGGAUUCAUAAACAAUGUACUCAAUAUAGACAGAUAUAUCAAUGAUAAAGUAACAUUAUAGACAGAUUUAAUAGUCAUAAAUGUAUUAUUAUAAUUAUUAAUAAUAAGUUUUGUCACUUGUCAGUCAAAAUAAAAAAAAUAAAUAAAUGCAGUACAGUAGAAGAAUUACGUAUCAGUGUUUGGAGUUAUUCAAGCAGUACAAGUAUCUCAAAUUUGUACUUAAGUACAAAUAUAUGAGUAAAUGUACUUAGUUAAGUUUCACCACUGUGGAGACUAAAGACAACAUUGUGUUUAGUCCGUCUCUAAUCACCUUCCUUCCUCUGUCUGUGGCUCUCAGCUCCAAACCCAUUGGUUCCUACUGAAAACAUAAAUCUUCAAUACAACUCACUAGUUUCAUUCUAAAAUAAAAGCUCAGUCAUUUCCUCAAAUAGCUGCUCAUUGUAGUUUCUAUCAGACAAUAGGAAACAAUUCAUGUGCUGGGGACUAUUUUCAGCCGCAAAUUAAUCCACAGUUGGUGCUGUAGUGAGUAUUUGUUGCGGCAGAACAGUCUGCGUGGAACUGAGUCAGAAUAAAUUACAGUGUGAGUUGAUGGUGAUGAAGAGACAGUGAGGAUCACUGAUGAUGAUGAUGAUGAUGAUGAGUUUUAAUGGAGGAAUCAUAUAUAUCAAAUGCACACAAGACUUCACUAUAUUAAAUUAUAUUAAUACACAUACAGUAUUUGUUGGUUUGAGUCUGAGCAUGAGAUUUGUUGACAAGAAGAAACAUAUUUACCAGAUUACUGACCAGACUUACAGUUUUAAUCCAAUGAUAAGCAGCUGAGGAUGAUGAAGGACAACACACACACUUUUAAUCUGAAGCUGAUGUUUGCUUUGAAAGUAAUUAUGACAGCUGCCUGAGAAGGAUGUAUGAUUCAUGUAUAUUCACUAAAUGUUUUAAUCAUUUAAUGACAGCAGAUCAAUAACACAAUCACCAGCUCCACCUGACUGUCAUCAGUUACUGAACAUGUGAGGAAGGUUUCUUAGCAGUAACGUGUCUCUUCUCUGUCUACAGAUAAACUGGUGGACAAUAGAUGCCACAUAUUUAUACACUUAUACUUUGAUUAUCAUCUUCAUUUAGUCUGACAAAAUAAAAACAGCAGCCAUGUUUGACUGAGUGGUUUUUAGAAACUGUAUUCUCUGACAGGCUUUAGCUCUUGUUCUCAUGUAAGCCACUUUUUUUUUUUACCCUUUCACACUGUUGUAUUGAAUUAUUUUCAUUGCCAUUAAAGAAAACACAGGUCACACCCAGAA